GAGCUGCUGGUGUUCGGCUAUGCCUGCAAGCUGUUUCGAGAUGAUGAGAAGGCUCAGUACCAGGAGCAGGGGCGACACCUUAUUCCUUGGAUGGGAGACCCCAAGAUCAUGAUCGAUAGGUAUGAUGGGCGGGGUCACCUCCAUGACCUUUCUGAGUACGAUGCUGAAUAUUCCACGUGGAACAGAGACUAUCAGUUGUCUGAAGAGGAAGCUAGAAUAGAAGCCCUCUGUGAUGAAGAGAGGUAUUUAGCCUUGCAUACGGACUUGCUUGAGGAGGAGGCGAGGCAAGAGGAGGAAUAUAAAAGACUGAGUGAAGCUUUGGCAGAGGAUGGUACCUAUAACGCAGUGGGAUUCCGUUAUGGCAGUGAUUAUUAUGACCCUUCAGAACCCACUGAGGAGGAGGAGCAUCAGCCCGCAAAACAAAGAGAAACAGCUCAGACAGAAAUUGUAGAAGAAAAUGAAGAGCCUUUUGUUGCCCCUCCAGGCCUGAAUGUACCUUCUGACGUGGAACUGCCACCCACAGCGAAAAUGCACGCGAUUAUAGAGCGAACUGCAAACUUUGUCUGCAAGCAGGGAGCCCAGUUUGAGAUUAUGCUAAAAGCCAAGCAAGCACGCAACUCCCAGUUUGACUUCUUGCGCUUCGACCACUACCUCAAUCCCUACUACAAAUUCAUUCAGAAGGCUAUGAAAGAGGGACGAUACGCUGCUCCUUCGGAAAAUAAAGCAGAUGAGAAAAAACGUAAGUUAGUCAAAUCUGAGGAAGAAGACGAUGACGACGACGAUGAUGAUGGAAACUACUUGCACCCAAGUCUCUUUGCAUCUAAAAAAUGCAGUAGGCUCGAAGAGCUCGUGAAGCCUUUGAAGGUAGUAGACCCUGAUCAUCCACUUGCAGCACUGGUGCGGAAAGCACAAUCAGAUAAUAACUCCUCCACACCCCAGUCAGCAGAUGGGGCAGCUGUACAGACAUCCCAGGCAGAAUAUUCUUCUGAUU